AUGAGGCUGUCUGAAAAUGGAGCUGAGAUCAUGCUACUAAGACUCCGAUCUAGGGCUCCACGUGGAUUUUCGAGGCCGGGAAACCGGCGUUUCGUGGUCUUUGCACCGUGUAGAAACGCUCAGAGUAACGAUUUGCCGUUUAACCAACGUCGUCACAGCGAAACUUUUGGUCAGAUUGUUCGCAGCGACCGACUAAAGAAAGAUGAUCAAUUAGAAUCGGAUUCCGGCCGAGUUUUCGACAGAGAUACUCCAUAUAUUACACUGUCUCCGUUCCGAGAUGCUGAGGGUGUUCUCCUAAAGGGAAAAAAUGCUAAAGAAGCCCGUUUACAUGACUUGACUUUGCUAGGAAGAGUCGAUCAAAAUGUCACCAAACUUCCGUAUGAAAUUGCCAAGACUAUAAAUAACGAGAUACUAGCACUCACGGCGCCCGAUAGACUUCGAGAAAAAGCUGCUUUGCUAUACCAGGCUUUGGGAAAAGACCAAAUACAAAAGGCUCCAGAAACAGGACUUGAAGCAGAUGCUCAUAUUGCUGCUCUCUUUCUUCAAGAUUACGCUCAUGCUCGACAGGUUCUUCUUGAGAUCCAAAAAAGAUCCGAAAACUUUCACCCUCUCAAAGUUCUAGAUGUGGGUUAUGGUCCUGCUGUGGGGAUGGUUGCGCUCAAUGAAAUCAUGGGUGACGACUAUUCUCCAGUGGAAACAGAAAGUUAUAUAAUAGGGCGCCGGAACUCUGAAAUGAAGAAACGAGCAAAGAUCAUUUUGUCCAGACAGGUCAGCGAGCAAAAAGAUACAGAAGAGACAGAGACAGAAAUGACAGAAAAGAUAGAAGAAUCUGAGAUUGAAACUGAAGCUGAAAGAGUAACCAAAGCUGAAACUGAAGUAGGAAGUGAAAUGGAAACAGAAACAGAAACAGAAUCUGAAACCGAAUCCGAAUUCGAAACCGAACUCGGUUCCAUCGACACUUCGGCCAUUCGUAUUCGCACAAAACUACGGGAUACCUUGCCCUUGGCUAAACAAUACGAUCUUAUCAUCGUGAACCGUGCUUUGCUCACAAGAGAGUACAGUUUUCCCCGAGACAUCGACAUCAACAUCCACUCCAUCUUACGACUUCUCAGCCCAGGAGGACAUUUGGCGUUGAUCGAAAGAGGUAAUGCGCUUGGAUUUGAGACCAUUGCUCGUGCUCGGCAGGUGAUGUUGAGACCAGAGUCGUAUCAGGCGGAGCACGGAAAGAUCCCUCGUCCUUACAUCAAAGGUUCGAGUGUCAAGCCGCAAAAAUUGAGAAACGAAGACCAAAUGAUAUCCGACGAGGACAUUGAAUUUGAGAAAAGGAUGUUGAGGGAACUUGAGAAGGAGAAUGAAGAAGAAGAGCAUGAAGAGAAUGAAGAGAGUGAAGGGCUUGAAGACGAGCUUGUAUCUGAUUUUGAAAAACAGAUCAUUGCUGAACAUGGACAAGCCACAAAUGAAGAGUUGAAAUUUGAAUUCGAAGACAACGAUGAUUUUGAACUUAUUGAAGAAACUUUCCAGGAUCCAAAGGCAGCUAUGGACUACCAUAUCAGUAUUAUAGCACCAUGUUCCCACCACAGAAAGUGUCCCUUACAACUUGGUGACCCCAAGUAUUACAAAAUACCUUCACACAAGCACAGGUUCAAUUUUUGCUCAUUUUCAAAGACAAUUGAAAGACCUAAAUUCACAAUGGAACUCAAGCGUGGUAAGCGCUUAGCGACCGCGUGGGACAAGACUGCUGAAGAUGGGUUUGGAUUGGGCAAUAUUUCCAAAAAAACGCUUCGAGAUCUUGAGGGUUCCGGCAGACCAGGAGGUAAUAAUACUGAAGUUGGAAACUAUUCCUAUCUCGUUGCACAAAGAUCCCGUAAUGAUGAAGAGACAAUUAAGCGAAUUGACCAAGAACGUCGUUCAAAAGAAGCUAAUUUGUCAAAAUUGACUGAUAUUGGUAGUUGGCCCCGGAUUAUUGAGAAUCCAAAGAAAGUGAAAAAUAAUGUCAAAAUCAACGUUUGUGCACCUUCUGGAAACAUAGAGACAUGGCAGGUGCCAAAGAGUUUGGGCAAGCAAGAGUUUCAUGAUGCCAGAAAGGCAGAAAGAGGAGAUUCAUGGGGACUUGGAAAGAAAAGUGUCAUUGUAAAAAGCAGUAUAAGUGAAGAUGCCAAGAAGAAAUUGGAUGUUUUAGCACGCACCCAAAGAAAGUCAGCAUUGAAGGAGGAGCGCAAGAAGCAAUGGAAGAAGUUGGUAAGUUCUUCAGAAGACGAUUUUGAGACAAAAGUGGACCAUUUGGCCGACGAGUUGGCUACGGCCGUAGAGUCGUCUAAGAAGUACAAAUUGCAGGGAAAACGGGCUAAAUUUGAUGUUGAUCCUAGGAAAUACGAUGGAAAGUAA